CAGUUGCUCUUCUCGCCUACGAUUCUGACCCCAGCACGGCAGGCGAAAGAGAGUGAGAGAGGACAAGACAGACGCAAGGCAGGCUCAGGGCUAUGCCUGUCUGCAUGGGGCUCUGAGUUGAGAAAGCAAAGAGUCCAAAUCUGGAGCAACUGGCAGGGUACACAGCCGAGUCCAAGUUUGGGUCUGCUGGGAUGCAUCAUGAUCCUUGUACCCAUUCGUCAAGCCCAGACAACCAAGGCCUACUCUAUCUUGGGUUGCAGCUUUGGUGGAUUUACCCUUGUCGGGGGGGGAUUCGUAGUGAUCGAGUCAACUUUGACCGGGGUCGACCACGGCCGAGGGACUGCCAGGCAGCUGGAGACUCGGAGAGCCGGGGGUAGCAUCGACGAAGAAGAAAGAGUACCUGCAUGA